AGCAGCUGUCGGGCUCACUGCCUCCCACGUCUUCGGCUCGCCGACGCCGACGCCGGCGUUUCUGCCAUGGAGCUGCCGCCGCUGCCGGGGGUUCCGCUGCAGCGCAAGGACCUGGUCACAGCCUUCCGAGGGCCCACGCCGCGGUCCAACUGGAUCGUGCCGCGGAGGCUCCUGGCGGGGGACCGCAGCAGCCUGGACUCGGAGCCGCGGCUGAAGGCGGUGCUCGACGCGGGCGUGACCUGCAUCGUCUGCCUGCAGUCUCGCCAGGAGACGGCCUCGGCGGUGGACUACAAGAAGCGCGCCAAGGCGCUGAAGCCGGAGGUGUCCUUCUUGGAGCAGCCCAUCCCCGACCAAGAGGUGGCGGAUGACGACGUCGUCAUGGAGCUCAUCGCGCAGCUCUUGGAGCGCCUCAGCGGGGAGGUGCUCUACGUGCACUGUCGCGGGGGUCAUGGUCGCACAGGCACCAUCUGCGCGCUGCUCCUGGCGAAGCUGUACAACUUGUCCGCGGCGGAGGCCAUGGCGAGGACGCAGCUCUACCACGAUUGCCGCAAGGAGCCGGUGUUCUUCUCCGAGGGCUAUGAGGAGACCAAAGACGGCAGCAGCUGCGUGAUCCUCUUCCCCUCCCAGAGAAAGCAAGUGAUCCGCUUGCUGAGGGGCGGCGCUCCGGACGUUGUCCUGGACAGGGCCUGCAGCGCGCUCUACGGGCCAGGGGCCUCGCAGUACUCCGCGGAGGCCAUGGCCAGCUGGAAGGAGAAGGCGACGGCAGCCAUGGAGGCGCUGAAAACGGGCCAGAAGAAAGGGGAGAACCACCAGGAGCUUCAGAAGGCCACGGAGCUCUUUUGGAAGGCCGCAAAGCUGAGGCCGGACUUCCCGCGGACGUUUCUGGGCCUGGCGCGGAGUCUGCGUCUGCUGGGCCAGCUCGGGGACGCCCGGCACGCCGCGCUGCAGGGCCUCGAGUUGGCCCCGGAGGACGACGCCCUGCAGCAGGAGCUGCUCAAGAUCGACAGCGAGGAGCCGGCGCGAGCCAGCGGCGCAGCUGCCUCCAGCGCCAGCGCGGCCGCGAGCUCCGCGGCCGCGAGCUCCGCGGCGCCGGAGCCGGCGCAGGUGGCGAGCUUCGACUGGAAGCCCAAGGUGAACAAGCCCUCCAUGCUGCUCCUCAUGGGUUUGCCAGGCAGCGGCAAGAGUACCUUCGCUGAGCAGCUGGUGAAGACGAACCAGGGCUACGAGCGCCUCUGCCAGGACGAGCUGGCGGGUCGGGACGCCCUCGAGAACGCCAUCGGCGCCAUCGCCAAGGACUCCCGGAAGCGCCUCGUGUUGGAUCGCACCAACGUGAGCAAGGCGGACCGCCAGUGCUUCCUGAGUUUGGCCUUCAACCCCAAGGGCGCCGUGUGCGUCCACUUCGCCGCCAGCAGCGCCGAGUGCGAGGAGCGUGUGGCCAAGCGCACGGACCACCCCACCAUCCGCUUCGGUGGGGGGCGCGGCGCCGUGCGCGGCAUGAAGGACGCCAUGGAGCUGCCUUCGCCUUCCGAGGGCUUCGAGGAGAUUUUGACCAUCCACACCUUUCAGGAGGCGGAUCAUUUGCUGCGGUGCUACGGCGCCGAGGCCCCCAAAGUCAGCCCGAUGGGCUUCUUCAAGUUCCCCACGACCCCGCACGUGAUGGACCUCACCCACGGCAAGGCCUUGAACGAGUCCGACCGCCUCUUGAGCGACAAGGAGGCCCAGGAGUUCUACGACGGGCAAACCGUCGUCAUCGUGGAGGAGAAGGUCGAUGGAGCCAACUUGGGCAUCUCGUUGACAGAGUGCUACGAGCCGCUGUUCCAGAACCGCGCCCACUACGUGUCCAGCGGUUACGCCACCCAGUGGAAGUCCCUGGAUGCCUGGUGGGACGAGCACGGCUGGGCGGUGUGCCAACUGCUGGAGCCCGAGGUGGAAGUGCUCUUCGGUGAGUGGCUUUGGGCACGGCACAGCGUGGCCUAUACCAAGCUACCGGCCUACUUUGUAGCCUUCGACAUCUACAACAAGCGCACGGGACGCUUCGUCAGUGCGCGAGAGCGAAACCGUCGACUGGAGGGCCUCGACAUCCCGGUAGUGCCGCACCUGGCAGAGAGGACCUUCGCCAACCGGGCGGCCCUGGAGGCCUUCCUCGAGCGAACUUCUGCCUUUGGCGAUGCUCCUCUGGAGGGCGUGUACUUGCGCAUCGACGAGCCAGUCGCGCAGAAUGGCGGGCUUUGGCACAAGCGCAGGGGCAAGAUCGUUCGCCCGGACUUCAUCCAGACGAUCCAAGAUGGAGGGCAUUGGAUCCACAAGGAUGUCGAGAGAAACACCCUGGCGUAUUAGCCACUCGCCUGAGUUCCUGGACAUUGCACUUUUUGGAAGUUUUCAAUCAAGAAGUCUAGACUGCCUGCGGCCCAUCCGCUCAGGAAGUGAGGAGAGACUGGCUUGCACCAUGUAUUGAGAUUGGGAGAGUUCGGACUCGCGGCUUACGGCCCCCAUUGAAAGUGCUGCUCGGAGCAGUGCAGCGCAGCUUUUCGAGUGUACAGAGCGUUGGGCCUGGCCAAGAUGAGCAUUCAAAAUCUGAAC